AUGUCCACAACAGCAGGUGCCUUCAUUGCGGGCGGAAUUGCAGCAUGUGGCGCUGUUACUGCAACCCAUCCCUUUGAAACAGUGAAGAUCCGUAUGCAACUCCAAGGAGAGCUCCAGGAUAAGGGUCACCAGCCACACCACUACCGAGGUCCUUUCCACGGCGUCUCGGUCAUCGUGCGAAAUGAAGGCCUGCGAGGCAUCUACAGAGGGCUGGGCUGCGCCUACAUAUACCAGGUCCUCUUAAAUGGCUGUCGGCUGGGAUUUUAUGAGCCCAUGCGCAAAACUCUUUCAUCGGUAUUGUUCAAGGACAGCAAUGUCCAGUCGCUGGGAGUCAAUAUGUUCUGCGGCGCCGGGUCCGGCAUCAUCGGCGCCAUGGCCGGAAGUCCCUUCUUCCUCGUUAAAACGCGGUUACAGAGCUACUCACCAUUUCUGCCCGUCGGUACGCAACACAUGUAUAGGAAUGCAUUCGAUGGACUGCGACAGAUUUAUACGGCCGAGGGCUUCCGAGGACUCUACCGUGGUGUUGGUGCGGCAAUGAUCAGGACAGGCGCCGGGAGCUCAGUACAACUGCCGACUUACUUCUUUGCAAAGAGGAGGCUGAUGAGGCAUGCGGGCAUGGAAGAGGGACCCGCGCUGCAUCUGACUAGUAGCGCAAUCAGUGGCUUCGUCGUUUGCUGUUUCAUGCACCCGCCAGAGCAGACGAACAAGCUUGUCCGCAAGAUCGAGGGUGUGAUAUUACCAAUCGCUGAGACGAAGCUAUAG